CUUCAAAUAAAUAGUUUUUAUAUUAAUAUAUUAUUAAAAGCCGAUAAGCGAAGCAAACCAUGCUUUGCCUUACUUAGCAGUUUAUUUCGAUUGUCGCUUAAACUGCUCCGUUGAUUAUAUAAUCUGAAGAUGGAAUGCUUGAACUGGCAACCUGAUCAUCAAGGAUUAAAGCAAAUCCUUCAACUACUUAAAGAAAGUCAGAGUCCAAAUACGGAAACGCAGAGAGCUGUUCAACAAAAACUCGAAUCGUUAAACCAAUUUCCAGAUUUCAACAAUUAUCUUAUAUUUGUUCUCACGAAGCUGAAAAAUGGAGGAAUAGAUGAACCAACUCGUUCACUUGCUGGGCUAAUACUCAAAAACAAUGUUAAAGGAAACUACCACAAGUUUCCAAUUGAAUGCCGUCAGUUUGUUAAAGCAGAAUGUUUAUCUGCAAUUGGUGAUCCAUCUCCACUUAUUAGAGCUACUAUUGGUAUUUUAAUAACAACUAUUGCCCAGAAAGAGUUUGGUACUUGGCCAGAGUUAUUACCUAUGCUUUUGCAAUUACUUGAUAGUGGUGAUUAUAAUGUUUGUGAGGGUGCAUUUGGUGCAUUGCAAAAAAUAUGCGAAGAUCUUUCUGGUCAACUGGAUGGUGAAGGAAACGUUCAAAUAUUAAACAUAAUGAUACCUAAAUUUUUGUAUUUUUUCAAACAUAACAGUCCUAAAUUAAGAGCUCAUGCUUUAGCCUGUGUCAAUCAGUUUAUAAAUUGUCGUAGUCAAGUUUUGAUGAACAGCAUUGAUCAGUUCAUGGAGGGUUUGUUCUCUCUUUCAAAUGAUGAUGAUUCAGAAGUAAGGAAAAAUGUAUGUCGCGCAAUUGUAAUGUUGCUUGAGGUUCGCGUUGAGCAGCUCAUUCCUAAUAUUAACAAUCUUGUAGAGUACAUGCUUGUACGAACACAAGAUAGUGAAGACUCUGUAGCCCUUGAGGCAUGUGAAUUUUGGCUGGCGCUUGCAGAACAACCGAUCUGUAAACAAGUACUUCAUCCAUUUUUGCCAAGAUUAGUGCCAAUAUUAGUGAAUGGUAUGAAAUACUCUGGAAUGGAUAUCAUGUUACUAAAGGGGGAUGUUGAAGAAGAUGAAACAGUUCCUGAUAAUGAACAAGAUAUUCGACCUCGAUUUCAUAAAUCUAAAUCUCAUAACACAGAAGGAGGGGAAGAUAGUGAAGAAGAUGGUGAGCUGGAUGACGAUUCUUUGUCUGAUUGGAACUUAAGAAAGUGUUCAGCAGCUGCACUUGAUGUACUUGCAACAGUAUUUAAAGAUGAUCUGCUUCCUGUUUUACUUCCCAUUCUUAAAGACAUACUUUUUCAUCCUGACUGGGUAACAAAGGAGUCAGGCAUACUUGUACUCGGAGCAAUUGCAGAAGGCUGUGUUGCUGGUAUUAAUCCACAUCUGCCUGAAUUAGUUCCUUUUCUUAUCACUUCUCUUGGAGACAAAAAGGCCUUAGUGCGUUCUAUAACCUGUUGGACCUUAAGUCGUUAUUCACAUUGGAUUGUUAGUCAACCUCAUCAAAUGUAUUUGCAAAAACUAAUGACUGAACUUUUAAAAAGAAUUCUUGACAAAAAUAAGCGAGUUCAAGAAGCUGCUUGCAGUGCUUUUGCUACUUUGGAAGAAGAAGCUUGCACAGAACUUGUUCCGUAUUUAGGGUUUAUAUUAGAGACAUUAGUGUUUGCAUUUGGAAAGUAUCAACACAAAAACCUUCUUAUAUUGUAUGAUGCGAUAGGCACUCUUGCUGAUUCUGUUGGUCCUCACUUAAACAAAGCUGAGUAUAUCAAUAUGCUAAUGCCUCCACUAAUAGCUAAAUGGAAUCAACUUAAGGAUGAAGAUAAAGAUUUGUUUCCAUUACUUGAAUGUCUGUCAUCUGUGGCUACUGCUCUUCAAUCAGGGUUUCUUCCUUAUGCUGAACCUGUUUAUAACAGAUGUGUAUCAUUAGUUGAACAAACUCUAGCUCAAUGUUAUGCUGCUCAAAUGAACCCAGGUCAGUUUGAAAUGCCUGAUAAGGACUUUAUGGUUGUUGCACUAGAUUUAUUAAGUGGUUUAGCUGAAGGAUUAGAGGAUCAAAUAGAGCGCUUCGUAGCACGCAGUAAUAUUAUGGCAUUGUUAUUUCAAUGUAUGCAGGAUCCUGGUCUUGAAGUACGACAAAGUUCUUUUGCUUUACUUGGUGACCUUACUAAAGCAUGUUUUCAGCAUGUAAAGUUAGCUAUACGAGAGAUUAUUCCAAUACUUGGACAGAAUCUAAAUCCUGAAUGCAUAUCUGUUUGUAACAAUGCAACAUGGGCUAUAGGCGAAAUAGCAAUAAUGCUAGGUGCAGAAAUGAGUGAAUUUGUUCCUGUAGUUUUAUCACAGUUGAUCGUUAUCAUUAAUCGUCAAAAAACUCCAAAAACACUGCUUGAAAAUACUGCCAUCACACUCGGAAGGUUGGGGCUUGUAUGUCCAAGUGAGGUAGCCCCUCAAUUGGCUCAAUUCAUACGACCAUGGUGCACAUCUUUGCGAAACAUUCGAGACAACGAUGAAAAAGACUCAGCCUUUCGAGGAAUCUGUUCUUUGAUUGGGCAAAAUCCUGGUGGUGUUGUUCAGGAUUUCAUAUUUUUUUGUGAUGCAGUUGCAUCUUGGGUAAAUCCUGCUGCAGACCUUAAAGAAAUGUUUAACAGUAUUUUGAUUGGAUUUAAAAAUCAGGUUGGUGAAGACAACUGGAUGCGUUUUUCUGAUCAGUUUCCCCCACCAUUAAAAGAAAGACUAUCACAUCAAUACAAAAUUUAAUCCUCAAUAUAUGGUGAGAAAGCAUGUGUAGUCAAUCAAGUGAUACACAAGAUCUAAAAGAAAUUCUGUUGGUCUUUAUGCUAACUCUUACGCUUCGGGUCGGGGGGAUGGGACCUUGCAAAGUUUUUUUGACAAAACGGUUGGGCGGGUUGGAUCCCUAGGGUAUUUGAUAAUGGUUAUCAUACUUAAAUUUAAAAUACUUCUAAAAUAGUUAAACGGACACCCUCGGCUAUUAAUACUUCUAAAUCCUCGGGGUUACUGGAUUUAUGUAGUAUUACUCCAUAAUCCACUAUUCAAAAGAAAUGCAGAUUGCUUUGAAUGCAUAAGUUGCCGCUACUAAAAAUAUCGAAUGGUGUGGCGUAAUUUUCACACACGCAUCUUAUGUAUGUAUAUACCAAAUCAGAAUUUGUGAGACAUUUUUAUGAAUGUAAUUGUUUCGUGUUAUGUAAAUUUUUUUUCGUUAUUUAUAUAGGAAUUAACUUAAAUUCUUCUACGAUAAAAUGUUUCAAAUCUUA